GGGUCCUGUGUCCACCACACUGGGCACCUGGAAGUAGGAAGUGUGGACGGGGCUAGGGCACAGAAGGACUCAGCGUCCUCCUCCGUAAAUUGGGCUGCGUAGACAGUGUCCCCAGGGUCCCACAGGCUCAUAGACGAGUCUGUGUCCCGGGAUCUUCAUCCCUGACCCUCUGUUCUCCCCUCCUGGGAAAAUGCUUCCUACUCCCUCAAGGUCCUUCUGAGCAGAGGGCAGCCUGGGGGCUUGGAGGACCGAGGUCCUGGGUUUGCAGCACGUGGCCGAGCAGUGGACCCUGGUGUGGGGACCGAGGUGAAGACCCUCCUUGUUGGAGCCUCGGGUCCUCAUUAGGAAGUGGUUCCCCAGGCAGUGCCCUGCCUGGGGUGAGGAGGCCUCGUGAGGGAGCUGAGCACCGGGCCGGGGGAGGGACACGGGCCACAAGGGAGGCUUCUGAGGGUCGUCACCUGGACCCUGGAGCCCACAGGCCCUGCUCCUGUGAGACACACAGAGACAGACCGAGUCCGAGGCAGACACAGAGAAUGGACCCCGGAGAGAGGAAAGCAGAAAUUCCAUGAAUCGGCCUGGAAGUGACAGCCCGUCAUCGUCUUCUAGCCCUUAGAACGCGGUCACACGGGCCGUCCACCCGGAAGGGGAGGGGGUGACACAGGGAUGUGUGACCAGGAUUCGGGAAGGCUGGGAGCCACAGCCCAGGCGCUGGGACCCGGGCCCAAAUGUGAUGGAGCCCCUGGAGGGGCGUGUCGGGUGGGCACAGGGUCUGAACGAGCUCACCUCCACCUUCCCCCGGGCCCGGGACCCAGGCAGGAGGGGUGGCUGUGCCUGGACCCGGAGCAGACCCAGGCCCGCGUGAGUGUGUUCCGUGCCAGGCCCACCCCUUCCUCAUCUUUCCACGGCCACGUGUGCCCACGAGCCUCAUGGGGUAGCAGGCACGGGACGAGUCUACAGGUGUCUCCCUGAUGGUGUCCCUAGAAGUGGAUUCCAGAAGGACCCCACUGUGCAGACGGGGAGACCGGGGGGCGCCGGGAGGCACAGGGUCUGUGCGGGGUCCCGGCACUGGUCAGGAGGAAAACCCAGGUCUGAACCCAGCUCUGUGUCCCCAGAGCUGCCACACCGGCUGCACCAGGCCUCGCGGGGAUGUGGCUGGGCUGUGUUGGUGUCACUGUAGGGACAGGGCAUGGGGUGGAGGGGAGCCCUCCGCAGCCUGGGAGGGGCUCUUGUAGGAGGAGGAAGACGGGUAAGGGGACCCACCUCUCUGGUCACAAAGCCCAGUGACCUGGCAGUGACCUCACCUCUCUGGUCACAAAGCCCAAGUGAAGUCAGAACCCGGGUCACCAGGCACCCACAUUGUGGAGACAGCGCCCGACUGGGCUCAUUCGUUGGGACACCUUCGCCUGACGAACAUGUUCUCCUGUUGUGUGCCCGUGUCCCGCGGCUGCUGGCUCAGGGGAGCCCGUGGCUGCGACGCUCCCCGACCCCGGAGACAGUGGGUCAGGUCGUGCACAGGACGCCUCAGGUCUCUAGCUCGCAGGGAGCCAAAGAAAUCAACGGAUGAAAUCGGGAGGCGACUGUCGGGAUCCCGAUUCACCUGCCCUACAGAGGUGUGCGUGUGCCCCGUCGCCCAGGAGGGCCACCCUGGACCCGGGGAGAGAGUGGCCGCACGGAGGUCUCCGGAAGCAGGGCCUGGAGAUGGCCUGGGAGGGCCUCCCUCACCGCCCGGGCCCCUCCACAGGGUCCUGGCUCAGCGGUCCUGGGACCAGGACCCGGAGCCCCCAGAGCCCGAGCCCGAGGAGUCCGGGGCAGGAGCAGAAGCCGGUGCGGCUCCAGAGCCCGAGCCAACAGCCUCGGGGGCCUCGGCGGCUCUGGAGGCGGGGGUGGCGCCUGGGGCGACUCCUGCAGGGGCCCGGCAGCCGGCAGGUGACCUGGGACCUGUGCGGGGACAGCGGGCACCUGGGCAGAGUCAGCUGGGUCCUGCUUCUGCUCCUGCUGCUUCCACUGUUCCUGCUUCUGCUCCCAACACCGUUCCUGCCACCGCCCUUCUCCCCGCCCCUGCCACCUCUCUUCUCCCUGCCCCUGCCCCCGCCCCUGCCACCGCCCUUCUCCCUGCCCCUGCCACCGCCCUUGCUCCCACAUGGAUGCCAGCCACUGAUCAAGGGCCUGAGGGCCUACACGGGAUGUUUGUUUUAUUUCUAAUUGUUCCAAUCCCCGACCCUGACACCCUACCACAAUGUCUCUUCCUCUUCUCCCUUAUCCUUUCUCUCCUCUUCUUUUUAGCUGUGACUUUAUUUCUUCACUGUUGGUUUAUAAUCCAUAUUAAUCCUCAGUAAAAUUUUUAUUUACUUUA